UUUUGUUGGGUGUUGGUGGAAGCUGCCGUUUGCAGUGCAGCAUUAACAGACUCUCCUCUUGCAGGGGUUGGCGUUGAUGACAUGUUCAUCAUGAUUGCUUCCUGGGAACAAAGUUUAAGGAAAAAAGAUAAAUCCAAUGUUAAGUCCCUGCUGGCUGAGACUUAUUCAGAGGCAGCACUUUCUGUGACCAUCACCACUCUGACAGAUGUUUUGGCCUUCUUCAUUGGCACCUGGACUGCUUUUCCAUCCGUGAGGUCUUUUUGCCUCUAUACGGGCACAGCUUUUGUCUUCUGUUAUGUAUAUACCCUGACCUUCUUUGGGGCAGUUCUGGUAUUAAAUCACAAAAGGGAGCAAGGGAACCGACACUGGCUGACUUGUAUGCGUGUGGAUGUAGGUAAAGAUCAGGCUGAGAACUCCUGCUUGUACAAUGCUUGCUGUAUUGGCAGCGGCUCUAGGCAGCCAUCUGAGCCAGAAGGUGAGCAUCCAAUGAUCAUAUUCUUUAAGAAGUAUUAUGGCCCUUUUGUUACAAAUAAGUGGCUCAAGCUGCUCAUGGUGUUGCUGUACGGAGCAUAUUUGGGUGGCAGCAUUUAUGGGUGUACUCAGAUCAGGGAAGGCAUCGAUCUCCGAAAUCUGGCAAAUGACAACUCCUACGUUAUUCCAUACUACGACGAUGAUCAGAAAUAUUUCUCCACAUAUGGACCCAGGGUCAUGGUUGUCAUUACUGAGAGUGUAGAUUACUGGAACGAGUCCGUACGUCUUGGCAUUGAGAGCUGUGUACAGAAUUUAGAGAACAUUUCCUAUGUAGAUAAGAACCUCUCAGAGUCAUGGCUGAGAGUAUACACAGAACUUGCCAGAAGGGGUUUGAUAAAUAUAAACAAUAAGACUGAAUUCUUAAACAGAUUAACUGUACUGUUCAAGAUGCUUCCCAGUUUUGAGUGGGACAUAAACAAGACUCAGGAUGAAAUAGAAGCUUCACGUUUCUUCAUCCAGACAGUGAAUGUGACAUCAGCUGUGGAUGAGAAGAAUCUCCUCAAUGAGUUAAGAGAGGCAGCCAAGCAGUGCAGCAUUCCACUGCUGGUGUAUCACCCAGCCUUCAUCUACUACGACCAGUACCUGGUAAUAGUGCAGAACACUAUUCAGAACAUUGUCGUUGCUGCCGGGGCCAUGCUCGUUGUCUCCCUCCUGCUCAUUCCCAACCCCUUGUGCUCCUUGUGGGUGACUUUUGCCAUAGCCUCUGUUAUAGUUGGUGUUGCUGGUUUCAUGACAUUCUGGAGCGUCAAUCUUGAUUCCAUAUCCAUGAUCAACCUGGUCAUUUGCAUUGGGUUUUCAGUAGAUUUUUCUGCUCAUAUUUCCUAUGCCUUUGUUACGAGUGGAGAGUCGUCAGCCAAUAAAAGGGCAAUUGAAGCUCUGUCCCUGCUGGGUUACCCAGUACUACAAGGUGCAGUUUCUACGAUACUAGGAGUACUUGUCCUGGCUGCAGCAAACACCUACAUCUUUAGGACAUUCUUCAAGAUCAUGUUCCUUGUUAUUUUAUUUGGGGCACUUCAUGGCCUUGUUUUUAUUCCAGUGUUUUUAACAUUUUUUGGAAACUUUGGCAGUUCACCUCACAAUACCAUGUCUAAAAAAUUAGAGCAUAGGUUUAGAAACGAUAAAGACUGUCCAUGAAUAAUUUAAAUAUAAGAUUUUAGUUAUUUACUAUGUGUAGGUUCAAAUGCAGUAACUGUCAAGGAAUAUAAGACUUGAAAAACAGAAGAAUAAAUAUAUCAGAUUAACAAAGGCUUCAGAAAAGCCAGACAAGAAAAAUAACAACAAACCGCACAGAAUGGAUUUGCAUUUUUUACCUUUGUGUAUGUUCAACUACCGCUUUAAUGUUGUUUAUCUUUUUUGUGUGAGUUUUUUACUGAAUGUAUUAAAAUUAUUACAAACACUGACCACUGCAUCAGGUUAAUGGACUACGUUACAUGUUUGUCAGGACACGUUCAUACCAGGAAGAGUAACUCCCACUGGACUGGAUUUCCUUCCUGUUUCCUUGAUGCUGUAACUCAUCCCAACACUGAGCUGGAAGACAGUUUUUGCCCAAGAGGCUCAAAUCUGGGUGUUUUACAGCAAAAUUACAAGAGGACAGAACUGUCUCAGACUGCGUAACUCGUAAGCCUUCAGGAGACAAAAUGUGCUGAGGUUCCUAAUGCAGCAUUAGAAACCCUUGGGGAAGACUCACUGCGAGCUGGCUUCUAUUUUCUAUUCAAAGCCUUUUCUUGGUGUCCUGUUUUCUAGCUAAGGUUGUACAUCUGGUACCCUUAAGAAGUUUGUGUGUAACUUCUGUUGGCUACAUUUUGCAAAGGGUUGUGCUGUAGGUUAUUGAACGUGGACCUCCUGAGUAACCAUGCUGGGAGCUGCUGUGCCAUGGCAUGAUAGGGCAAGGAUUCUCUAGAGAGAAUCACAGCCUGAUUUGGGACAAAGUGAAAAAGAAAACCAGGUUUUAAGCAGAUCAGUCCUAAAACUAUAAACUUCAUUGUGUUCAUCAGUGACAACCCAUCCUGUGAUGUGUUGAUAGAGCAGAGGAGCUUUCACUGAGUAGUAGCUAGGAAUAUAUGAGGUGAUCUUCUAACCUACAGGGACAAGACAGUAAGUGAAAAUCAAUUCAUAAUUUGUUUCCAAUAUCAUGAAUGACCUAUUGGAAAUAAAAUAAAUGAUGGUAACCAGUGUUUGUAAUUCUGGAAAAA